GCUCGGAAGAUGAAACCGUGACAUGGAGAUCGAGCGGAGGAGCCGUGCGCGCGACUGAGCGGCGAAUGAAUCCGUGCGCGAUCCCGCACUCCAGGAUUUGGGGAAAGCGGUGGAAACUUCGCUCUGCUUCACACAGCUGUGGCUUCUGGGCUCGGUUCGCGCUCCCGCAUCUGCAGCACAAGUCAACUCAAGCCCAGCCUGAGCUCUGCUUUCCUCGGAGACCCAACAACAUGUCCUCACUAAAGCUGCAGGAACUUUUUCACCCCAGAACCGGACAAUGGAGAAGCUGCGUGUAAGUAGCUGGCCGUGUCAGAUGUUCUAGGGCUCGUGGUUGCAAACAACGCUCCUGUUAAGGCUAUUUCCAGGCCAGCCAGGGCAGUCAGGAGAGAAAAGUUGCUGGAGGAGCGGAUGAUACUGAGCCAGGUGCACUGCUGUAGUUGUUUCACUGGAUAUAACUAACAUGGUUGUCCUUUCCAAGUGACCGCAAGUGACAAGAGCUCCAAUGACUGUGUUGCGUGUGGCCUCUUCUUCUUGUGCCUGAAACAUCUGGAAAGGGCGCAAACGAACUGAAAGGACACGCAGCGGCUCUGCUCGGGACACACACCCAUUCUGCUCACUAUGAGUCUGGUCGGUGGGUUUCCACACCAUCCCGUGGUGCAUCACGACGGCUACUCGUUCGCAGCCACCCGCUGCCACGAAGAGAACCCCUACUUCCAUGGGUGGCUCAUCAGCCACCCAGAAAUGUCCCCCCCCGACUACAGCAUGGCACCGGCGUACAGCCCCGAGUACGCGAACGGCGCGCCGGGACUCGAGCACACGCACUACGGGGGGGUGCCUGGGGCCGGCGCCGUGGGGAUCGCAGCCCGUCCCGUGAAACGGAGACCCACGGCCAACAGGAAGGAGAGGCGCAGGACUCAGAGCAUCAACAGCGCCUUCGCGGAGCUGCGCGAGUGCAUCCCGAACGUGCCCGCGGACACCAAGCUGUCCAAGAUCAAGACCCUGCGCCUGGCCACCAGCUACAUCGCCUACCUCAUGGACAUCCUGGACAAGGACGAGCAGAACGGGGAGACCGAGGCCUUCAAGGCAGAGUUCAAGAAGACGGAGAACAAGGAGGACAGGAGGAAGAAAGAAGUGAAUGAAGUUUUAAAAAGUUCCGGGAGCAGCAAUGACAAGAAAAGCAAAGGGAGGACGGGGUGGCCACAGCAUGUCUGGGCUCUCGAGCUGAAGCAGUGAGAUAUAGAGACCCCCCCCCCCCCUCAACCCCCAUCUUCCAACAGACUUGAAAAGAAAAGGAAACAACAACAACAACGUCUCCUUGACUCCUCCUUCUCAUUUGUACUCCUGCAUUAUUUAAUGGAAUAUUUAUGUGCAAUUUCCCGAAAUGGAGAGUGGAUAUCUGAAGAAAACCAUUCCAAUUUUUUGUAAAGAGGAGAAGACCCCUUUGGUAAGGGAUUGCGUACUUUUUUUGUCUCUCUGUGUCAUUUGUGCGAGCGUGUUUCCUUGUCAAAGUGUGUGUCCAGCAAAAAUGCUGGUCGCCAAGGUGUAUGUGAAGUGCAAGUUCUCACCCCCCCCCCAUUCAAUGUGUCAUUGGGUAUUAAUAUUAAUGGAGAAAAUCAGAUAUAUGGAUCCAGUUGAAGAAUCAUGUUUAAUCUGUUUAAUGAAGUGAAGUGUUGUGUUGUGCUGUCAUGUUUAUGGUCGUCUGUUAGUAGCCUGUUCGGUCCCCUCACGGUCACCUCCGUCCACUUCCAUGGAAAUUAAAUAAUAUUGGAGAUGUAAACAAUGUAAUUAC